AUUGAACGUAAUUUCAUUUACAGACGUUGAGAAAAUUGACAUCAUGGCUGCAAGAAUGUAUAAAUAACCAGCACACUGCAUUUCUGGUCAACUGCAGCAACAUCUCUGAAGGGAGCAUUCUACAGGCUCAGCUCCUCUAAAGACACAGCAAAAACUGGAUUCUGUAAAGUACACCGAGGAGCUCUUUUUUAUAGAGCAGCUCUAAGAACAUCAAAGAGACUUUUUCCUCUGCCUUCAACUGCAUUUACCACUUACUUAAAAAAGCAAUGUGCACGGGAAGUUGUGCUAAGUGCCUGGGAACCACUCUUAUCCCCCUGGCUGUGCUAUGUACCCUCGCUAACAUUUUGUUGUUUUUCCCUGGAGGAAAAGUGGCUAACGACAAUCAGCACAUUACGAAUGAGGUCUGGUACUUCGGAGGGAUCUUGGGGUCUGGUGUAUUGAUGAUCUUUCCUGCCUUGGUUUUUUUGGGCCUUAAGAAUAAUGAUUGCUGUGGAUGCUGUGGUAAUGAGGGCUGUGGAAAGAGGUUUGCGAUGUUUUCUUCUGUAAUAUUUGCUGCAGUUGGAGUUGUGGGAGCUGGAUACUGCUUUAUUUUGUCAGCAGUAGCCCUAAACAGAGGCCCUAAAUGCAACACUGGAACAGAGUGGACCUAUCCUUUCAAAGACGGGGAUUACCUUUCUAACCAUACACUGUGGAACAUUUGUCAGUCACCUGAAAACAUUGUCCCUUGGAACUUGACCCUCUUCUCCUUGCUGCUCAUCAUGAGUGGGAUCCAGGCAGUGCUCUGUGGUAUCCAAGUGGUGAAUGGCCUGUUUGGAACAAUCUGUGGGGACUGCAAAUGUUGUGGGGGAUCUUGAACUGUCUAAAGAAUAUGAAUAUUGCGCACAACCUUUACCUUGGGAGGCUCCUUUUUGCAGCCGUUGCAUAAAGCAGCUUUCAGAUGCAUCAUAUCUGGCUAAGAAGAUGAGAAUGAAGGGCACUUCCCCUUAAGAAGCUCUGACUCCCUUUCCAAACUUCCUGAAAGCCUUUAUCAUAGAACAGAAUAAAAUAAGUGAAAUUUAA